CCUCGGCAGAAUUGCGUGGUCUAAGGAGGCGGCAGACGACCCACACCACCCAGCCGGACACCUGCUCCCGAGAUCUAUUCAUCGCCCCUGCUGCAGUGCACUCACUCAUGUCCCUCUCACCAGCAGCCAGACGCCUGGCGGUGAUCUCCCUGCCAGCUGCACGGCAGCAGGCUGCUGCUGUUGGUGUUGGUAUCGGGAGAUGCCGCAGUCGCGUCAGCUGGGCUCACGUGAGGCCUGCACCGCCUGACCCCAUUCUGGGGCUGAACGAGGCGUACCUCGCUGACACGGACAAGCGGAAGAUCAACUUGAGUGUCGGGGCUUACCGGGACAAUCAGGGUAGGUGGGUAUGCUGAGGGAACAAGCAGGAGAAAGGAUUCGUGGAAGUGAAGUGCGUUGCGCUGUGUUGUGUUGUGUUGUGUGGCGUUCGUUGUGUUUGUUGUGGUGCGGUGUGCGUGUGCAGGUCAGCCAUGGGUGCUGCCGAGUGUGCGGCGUGCAGAGGAGCUGCGGCUGCAGAACGAGGACAGGCACCACGAAUACAACCCGGUCCGGGCCGCAAUGCAACAAACAUACCAACGAAGGAAGCGAAGCCUGCGAGCAGUCGUCCGUCGCAUCGAUGUCUGUGUGUGUGUGUGUGUGUGUGCAGAUCACCGGCAAGAAUGACUUUGUGAGGAACGCUGUGGCACUGGUGAGUGAGUGAGGCGGAGAAGAGUCAGUACAAUCUGCGUGUGGGGUGCUGUGGUGUGGGUGCUCGGUGCGUGUCUGUCUGUCAGGCGUAUGGGGAGGAUUUGUGUGCGGCCAGGCACAUCGCGGCGGCGCAGAGCCUGUCUGGCACGGGGGCGUUGCGUGUGGCAGCGGAGUGGCUGCAUCUCUACUUCAAGGGCAACCCCGUCGUCUACCUCCCACAGCCCACAUGGUAACAAAGACAAAGACAACGACUGUGUGCAUGGCAAAUGGGCCAUCCAUCCAUCCAUCCAUCAAAUCCACUAGCUUGUGUGUGUUGUGUUAUCAAUGUUAGGUCGAACCACCCGGCGAUAUUUCACAAGGCUGGACUGCAGACGAGGACCUACAGAUACUUCGACACCCGCACUAAGGCAGGCACGCAGGCAGGCAGGCAGAAGGAAGACGUGACAUAUAUGGCGUGACAUGGGCGGCCCUGCGUGACGUUAAGUGCAUGCAGGGUUUGGACUUGAAGGGCAUGUUGGAGGACCUGGACCACGCAGAGCCCAUGAGCAUCGUCCUCCUCCACGCCUGUGCCCACAACCCGGUCAGUCAGCGCCCCAGUGGGGUGCACUGCACUGCACGUCUGUCUGUCUGUGUCUGUCGGUCGACAUAUAUAUGUGUGUGUGGUGUGUGCUGUGCUGCACUGCAGACAGGUGUGGACCCCAGCCGCGAUGAGUGGGGCGAGAUCCUGGAGGUCAUCAACCACUGGCAGCACCUGGUGGUCUUUGACAUGGCCUAUCAAGGCUUCGCUACUGGCUCCGUCGAGAGAGAUGCGUGGCCCGUCCGGUGAGGGAGUUAGUGCCGUGAGGGACGUGAGGGACAGGGCCGCAUUCUCUCUCUGGAUACGAUACCUCUUCGGGGUGUGUGUGUGUGUGUGUGGACAGUGAGUUUGUCCGAGCGGGUCAUCAGGUCAUGCUCGCGCAGUCAUUCGCCAAGAACAUGGUGUGUGUGUGCGCUGACUGCACUGCCACACCCCUUAGACACACGUCUACACGGACACAAAUGUGUGUGUGUGUGUGCGAUUAGGGUCUGUAUGGCCAGCGAGUCGGGUGCUUCAGCAUGAUCUGCCAAAGGUAGGAAGGGAGGUCCACACACACACACCGUUGGCACACACACACACACACACACGAGACCCCUGUAUGUUUGUAUGGUUGCCUCCCUCCACCCACCAUGUAUGUGUUGCUUAUGUGCAUGCAGCGAGGAGGAGCGGGGUGCGUGUGAGUCUCAGCUCAAGAAGAUCAUCAGGGCCAUGUACAGCAGCCCUCCUGGCUUCGGCAGCGAGAUCGCCGGCACCAUACUUGCAGACUCAAAUCUCAAGGCACAGUGGUUCAAGGUACACACACACACACACACGUGCACACACGUCCCACGGAUGGCCGGGUGGAUGGGCGGGCACAGCACACGUGGGUGUGGGGGCUGUGCUGUGUGUGGGUGGGGUGCCUCUCUCAACAAACACAUACAGGAGUUGGAGGAGAUGUCUGGCCGCAUCAACAGCAUGAGGAUGCAGCUCUACACCCUACUCAAGGACAAACACCACCUCGACUGGCCGCACGUCAAGCAGCAGAUCGGCAUGUUCGCCUACACCGGUUUGGGAGCGGGGCACUGUCAGAAGCUGGCCGCCGACUACCACAUCUACCUCACACUCGACGGCCGUAUCUCGAUUGCCGGCCUCAACGACUCCAACAUCGAGUACGUCGCUGACAGCUUCGCCGCCGUUGCAAAAGACAAAGCACUGCACUGACGCAGUGCUGCCAUGCAUGC